GUUUCCGAUCGAGGUUGACCGUCGAGCGAGAACGUCCAGCUCAACGACUCCGUGAAAUUGACCACUGAAAUGUGGCAGCGCCUUCUUUCGCAGAGUUGUCGCGCUGUUCAGCGGACUAGCUUGUCUAGGUUGUCUCAGAUCAGCCACAGCGGGUUCACGGUUGACCGCCUGGAUCAUUUCGUCAUCACUGUCAAAGACCUCAACAAGACGGUUGAUUUCUACACCAGAGUUCUCGGCAUGGAGGUCACCACGUUCAAGGGCGGUCGUAAGGCCCUGAACUACGGCAAUCAGAAGAUCAACAUCCACGAGCACGGCAAGGAGUUUGAGCCAAAGGCGAGCUCGCCCAUGCCGGGGUCCGCUGACAUCUGCUUCAUCACCAGCACGAAAAUAGAGGACGUCGUGCAACACCUCAAGUCUUUAGAUGUGGAAAUCAUAGAAGGACCGGUGGAACGAACAGGCGCGAUUGGACCAAUCAGAUCAGUGUAUAUGAGAGACCCGGAUGACAAUUUGAUCGAAGUCUCCAAUUACCACGAUAAUUUUAAGACAUAGAUUGAUUGAUUGGUUGUUGUUCUUCUUAUUACUGUGUGUACGUCAUCCAUCCUUGCUGGAUACACAAUGGCUUGGCAGUUGUCUCAAAUUUGGAGACAAUGCAGGGCUAGCUCUGUGACUGGCCAAGUCCGAAUUUUGAACAGCUGGCGAAUUUUAUUUCAAUUUGUCGAAGUAAAUGCAUACAAUCAUUGAUAUUGUUUUUUGAAAAUAAUGGCGAAUUUCUGCAUAUUUGGAAUUUUAAUACAUAAUUUGGCGAAAUUAACUGUUCUUACAGAGCUGGCCCUGCAAUGUUACGGUUGUAAUUAAUUAUAUAUAUAUGUACUGGAUAGUUGAUACUUUUAGCUGGGGAUAUUUUGACUAAAGUAGAAAAUGCUGGUGUUACUAGGACAGAAUAUCAGCAGUACUAAAAUGUGAAAAUCCUCUGGAGCCAUAUAUAGGUACUUUCUGGAUAAUUGCCCUGCCCUGAUGCCCAAGUCCGCGAUUCCACGGCAUCGACACAUAUACACGUACGUUUUAGUUUUACGGAAGUAACAGGCUUGCAAGCGGGCCCUUAUUUUCCUAAUUUUCCUUAUUUUUUGACAGCAGCCCUAAUAUUCCUUAUUAAAGCUUCAAAAUCCUAAAAAGCUUUAAUUUUUUGGUGAAAAUCCUAAAUUUUGAAUUUUUUUGAUAAAUGCAACAUAAAAUAAGUGUUGGAAUUAAUUAAAUCUAGCCUUAGUAUACUUUCAGAUAAUGAAUAUGUUGAAUUAAUGUAUUUCUCAGAAGACAUCUUGGUGGUUAUCAGCAUCAUAUUCAGCAUGGAUUUGCACCAUAUCAGAUUACUUUAAUCUGGUUGUAUUGAUAUGCUGAAUAUCGCUGUUGAUGACCAUUGGUAUGAUCUUCUGAGUUGGUAAUUAGCUUUUGUAUUUAUGUUCUCCCUGGAGGUGAGUACAGAAUGUUUUUCUUUUAUAUUGAUUAUUGAAUUUCAGUCCUUAUUUUUGUCAAAAAAGUCCUAAUUAUUCCUAAAAAUAGCCCUUAUGUUUUAAGAAUUUUGCCCUAAAAAAAGCUCUUAUUUUUCACAAAAUCUUGCUUGAAAGCCUGAAGUAAAAUACUAGUUAACUGAUUUAUUUAGUAUGGAUCUGUUUCCAUUGAACAAGCACUUCACAGUCCACAACGGACAACACAAUGUGUAUGUCCUUAUUUUGUGUCCGUAAAACGUGCGUAUCUCUGCUGAUGUCGUGAACUCGCGACCUAACCCCUGCUAAAAGUCCUAAUUAUCCUGUAUGAUUUAUUAUUGUUAUUGUCUUACCACUGUAUUGUCUCACAUACUAAUGAUAUGUACCUGCUUUUUAACAGACAGAUUCACUUGUAAAUAUAAAUCGAAUAUUGUAAGAUUUCUUUUCUUUUUCUAAAUGUUUCUUGUUUUCUUACAAAUUUUGUCACAAAGAGUGGAUUUAAGAGUAUAUUUGCAGUAUAUUAUGCUGUCUUGAAAAUAUGUGGGUGUUUUUACGGAUGGUUUCGGAGAUGUUUUGUUGCUAUUUAACUUCAAGAGGGAAGGUUUGUAAUGGGCGCUAGAACAAUAAUAUUAUAUACAGAUACACAAAAGUUAACCACACGAAAAAUUACCACAUAGGUUGAUUUUAAUAAAACGAUUUUUUGAAAAAGAAUGAAAUUUGACGUAUACAUCAAUUCAAGACCACAAAGGCUCACCUGUUCACCCACCCCUCCAAAA